AUGGCAAUACCACCACCUCUUAUUCUUUUUUUAUUAAAAUUAAAGGUUAGGAACUUCAAUUCAUCUGCUACAACUUCAAUUAUGAAGAAUCGGUAUACGCAAUAUUGCCCUAUAAAAUUGUGA